CGCACAUGCCCAGUGCCCUCGCUGGGCCCGCAGCGUUCUGGGCUGGCCUCGCAUCCACGGCAACCUGCUUGGCUGCGUGGAGUCAGUUGAGCUGAGGCCCAGGGCCCCAACGGUCAGCAGGGGCCUGAGACCCAGGGGGAGGCCAGGAGUUUGAGGCUGUGGGUGUUUCUUCAAACGCCAUGGACUCCGCCGGGCCAGGGGCGCCUUUACCCAAAUACUGCAGCGUGGCCACAGCCCUGAAGGCCCCCGGCUGGGACUGUGCUGCACCACCCUGGGAUCUCGCCUUGGCCUGCCCCUGGGCUCUCCGAGCGCCGUGGCUCAGCAGGCACAACCCCCUCUCAAGGUGUGCCUCCUAUCACUCGUGUAUCCACAUUGCUGACCCAGCAUGGCAGGGGUCGGGCUGGCUGGGAAGAGCUGGAGAUGCUGCUGAUACCCGGGUCUUGGCGAGGAGGGAACCAGAUGGUUUCUAUUACUGGGCUCAGAUAAAGGCUGCUCCAGAGCUGGAGCAGCAGGGGACUCUGCUUGUGGAAUUUGAAGUUCCCCUUGUCACAGGCCCAAAGCUGCCCGCCCCACAGCUGAGUGUGGUCUCGGAGGAAGAUGUCAUUCAGCUCCCACGAUCCGUGGACUACUCACUGAGAACUGGGGACAAGGUGCUGGCACCCUGGGAGCCAGACCGACAGCGCUACGGCCCUGGCACUGUUUUGCUGGGCUUGGAGAUGACUGACUCCAUGAGAGCAUCAGAGGAAGAAGAAAUCACUGUUCAUUUCUGGAAUGGCCUGACAGCUAAGGUGCCUCAAGGUGGGGUCCGGUGGGUGCCCCCAGCUGUCUGGAGGAAGGCUGUGGAGAGGCUGCACAAGCCUGUCCCCAGAGAGCACCUCCGGCCCCUCCUCUGGGCCCCAUGCUGCUCUCUGCUGGGGCCGGUCGCCGGAUGCAUCACCAGCGGGCUUCCUGCGGGCACGCAGUUCCUGUGCCCUCCCUGCCACCCCCGCGCCUGCUGCCCUCUGCUGUGCCAGGGCUGCCUCUGCUGCUCCCCCUUGGGUGGCCCCACCUGGUGGCCCGUAACCAGGACCUCCAAGGUCUCAGGUAGAGAGCUUGCUGAGUCCAAGCUGAAGUCCACAGGCCAGCUUUUGCCCCUGGAGGGUUCCACGGAGAAGGCGGCAGCAGUGCAGGCCCCGGUGGCUGUCUCUUCCUCCUCCUCUUCCUCCUCCUCCUCCACUGAAGAGGAAGAUCUGGACACUGAUCUGGACAGGGGCCUUCCCCAGACCCUGACGGUGAACCGCGCAGUCCACACAGAACCCGUCUUCGAGAAGUCUCGGAGGCAGGCUGCCCUUGGGCAGCCCGAGUGGAGGUACUGGAGGAGAAACGGACCCGAGCCGCGGCCCGGGAAGCCAGGAACAAGAUCUUGCACCAUCCGAAAGGAAGAGAAGGACACUAAGCAGGAGAAAGUGCCACCUGCAGUAAUGGGGACUGCCACGGAGCUGGCCCUGAGAGCCAGCAAUGUGAAGCUACCACAGACCCUGCCGGAGGAAGCUGGACGCCGAAGGCCGAGUACAGGAACAUAUCACAGGGACAAGAACUCGCCCUAGACAAAGCUCGGAGGAUCUAGGAAUAAAAAUAAUGAUGGUAAAUACUUGAGGAGGCACUACAGACAGUGGCUGACAGGGAUGCUCUCCACAGGAGGAGGAAGAGCACAGGCUACAAGUGCAGCAGCUGCACCCCGUGAAGACUUCCCUGCAGACGAGCGGCCAGAAGGCAUCUGUCAUGAGGGGCAUGGGAGUAUGGCAGCCCCAUCCCAGGGCGCUCUGCCACAGGGAGCUGACGAUUCUGCAUGAGGAUGCCCCAUUCACGGCUGCGACAGAGUGUGGUCGGCCUGCUUGGGGCAGAUGUGUCCACAGCCUCUCUGCCAUCUUCUCAUGAAGCCUACAGUUACAUGUGGGUGACAGUGUGUUGUACCUGUAAAUGCAAAUACAAAUGAAUUCUCUUCAUUUCCAAA